UAGUCAGAAAAGCAAGCCGUCUGAUUAUUUAAAGAACCGCCAGGUACUAAGUGUGUUCAUUAUCACUUGCUGACUUUCGUGGCAUAAGAUGGUUUAGUGGUCUAAUAACGCAGGAUUGUUAAACUUUCCAAUCCACAGCCCCAUUUUGCUCUUUUCACAUUUUUGGCUGUUUGGAAAACAUUGUAAUUUUUUCAACAUUUGACGGACCAGCCAUGAGCGCAAGCGAGAAGCUCCCCAACAAGGAGGAGACCGGCCUGACCCACGAGUGUGGGGUGUUCGGCUGCAUCGCGGCCGGCAAGUGGCCGACGCAGAUAGACGUGUCGCAGAUGAUCUGCCUGGGACUGGUCGCCCUGCAGCACAGAGGUCAAGAGAGCGCGGGAAUAGUCACCAGUGAUGGCGACAAGAACAAGUCCUUCUACGUCCACAAAGGAAUGGGCAUGAUCAGCAAUGUUUUCAAUGACGAUGCCAUCAAGAAACUUAAAGGCAACCUGGGUAUCGGCCACACGCGCUACUCGACCAGCGCGGCCUCGGAGGAGGUGAACUGCCAGCCGUUCGUGGUGCACACGGCCCAGGGGCCCCUGGCGGUCGCUCACAACGGAGAGCUGGUCAAUUGCGGCUCGCUGCGGAAGAUGGUGCUGGGCCGUGGCGUCGGCCUCUCCACGCACUCGGACAGCGAGCUCAUCACGCAAGCGCUGUGUCUGAAUCCGCCCGACGGGGAGGAGAACGGCCCUGAUUGGCCGGCCAGGAUCAAACACCUCAUGCAGCUGGCCCCGCUGUCCUACUCGCUCGUCAUCAUGCUCAAGGACCGUAUCUACGGUGUGCGAGACCCCUACGGCAACCGGCCCCUCUGCGUCGGCAAGAUGCUGCCCAUCGGCCCGGCGGGCGAAGACAGUGAGUUUGCAGAGGCUGACGGCUGGGUGAUAUCCUCAGAGUCUUGUGGUUUCUUGUCAAUUGGAGCCCGUUACUUGCGUGAAGUGAAUCCCGGUGAAAUUUUGGAACUCUCUAGACAUGGAGUGAAAACAAUCGACAUUGUUGCAAGGCCCAAUGCUAAGCCUCAGGCCUUCUGCAUAUUUGAAUAUGUUUACUUUGCAAGAUCAGAUAGUAUUUUUGAAGGCCAGAUGGUGUAUGCCGUGAGGAUGCAGUGUGGCCGGGUGCUGGCGAGGGAGGCCUGGGUGGAUGCAGACAUCGUCAGCUCUGUGCCCGAGAGUGGCACGGCAGCAGCUCACGGCUUCUCCCGAGAGUCGGGGAUCCCCUUCGCGGAGGUGCUGUGCAAGAACAGGUACGUGGGCCGCACCUUCAUCCAGCCGAGCACCAGGCUGCGGCAGCUGGGAGUGGCCAAGAAGUUUGGCGCACUCACCGUCAACAUGAAGGGCAAGAAGGUCAUCCUGAUAGACGACUCCAUCGUGCGGGGCAACACCAUGGGGCCCAUCAUCAAGCUGCUGAGGGACGCCGGGGCCAACGAGGUACAUGUUAGGGUAGCAUCUCCACCUUUGUUGUACCCAUGCUACAUGGGAAUCAACAUACCAACAAGAGAAGAGCUGAUCGCCAACAAAUUGGAGCCUCCGUUAUUGGCAAAAUAUGUGGGAGCCGACUCGUUAGAGUACUUGUCUGUCGAUGGCUUGCUUCAAGCAGUUCGUCACGGGAUCAAAGAGAAGUCUUCCAAGAUUGGUCACUGCACUGCAUGUCUCACAGGGAAAUACCCAGAGAAACUGGAGUGGUAGCAUUUUUUCUGCUAUGGCUGGAACUCACAAGAAAAGUCUUCCCUAAUGUUAUUGUGCAUGUGUCAACCCUGUUAGUGCUAUUACUUGUUAAUCUUCUGUCGACUAUUGGAGAUGUUAUCAGAAGAGUUAUGAAGUGCAUAAAUGAUUAUGCUUGUAUUUAAUUAAUGAGAAUUUAUGACCCUUGUUUGUGUUCAUCAGUGUUUUAACUGAUGAUCUUUGUCAGAUUUUUUUUUAUUAAAUGUAUAUUUUGUUGGUUUUGGUGUUGAAAUUGUGACGUAAAAUACGUAAAUAAGAUUGUUAAUUUUUUUUUUUUUUGAUUGCUGAGGUUACACAGUAAUUUUGAAAUUUGGUAUAAUUGAAUUACCAUUGUUUAUAGGCCCAGAAGAUGUUCCAAUAAUACCUAAUAUAAUUUGUAUUUUUUGUUUUAACCAAAUUUUUGUACCAUUUGUAUUUGACUGAAUCUUAUCAGUGCCACAUAUAUAUUUUCCAUUUAAGUGUGCGAGAUGUGCAUAGCAUAUCCCACUGAACGUGUUCCCACUGAUUCUUUUCCCCCUCCUCUUAUCACUCCAAGUAAAAUACAUAUACCUAUACUAACUGCUUGUCUUUAUAAAUGCUAUUUGCUUGGGAGUGGAAUGAAAUAUAUUUAAUUUUUUUAUAUUUUUAGAUUAGGUACUAAUGUUGAUCAUAUUGUGUGAUUGUGAUGUGAAUGAAGAUUUGAAUUUUGUUUUGCUUGUAACAAAAUAGUUUCUGUAUGCUUGUACUACAUUUUAAUAAAUAUUUUUAUUAA